AUAGUGAUGUCAGGAAAACCUCCAAAACAAACUGAAAUCAAUAUACCACCGGGUUUACCUGGUGCAAUCGCACAAAUAGCUUCAGAAGCAUCAACUGGGAGCGGUAAAGGUCAAGAUGAUGGCAAAAAUGGCGGAGGAGGGAAACCAGAAGGACCAGGAGUAAAACCAGGAGGAAAACCAGGGGGGGGGGUGAUGUUGGAGCAGGAGAAACAGUUAAAGAAGGACUUGGAUUUCUAG